GGAUCCCGACCUCUACUGGAUUAUCUUCGCUGCGCCAGGGUGCAGAUAAGACACCAAAUGGUUUUCAUGGAUGUAUUCACGAUGUCCGCAUCAAUAACGAGCUGCAGGAUUUCAAGGAUUUACCACAGCAGUCACUAGGAGUCCUUCCUGGCUGCAAAUCCUGUAACAUCUGCAAGCACGGUAUUUGCCGGUCCCUGGAGAAAACAAGUGUGAUUUGUGAGUGUCACCCAGGCUGGACGGGCCCCCUGUGUGACCAGGAAAUUGGAGACCCGUGUCUUAACCACAAGUGCCUGCAUGGUAAGUGCGUGGUGGCCAAUGUUGCUUACACCUGUAAGUGCAUGGAGGGCUACACAGGCACGUACUGUGACAAGAAGAACAAUUCCUCAAAUCCCUGCAGGAUUUUGAAAUGCAACCACGGGCAGUGUAAAAUUUCCGAGCACGGGGAACCCUACUGCGAAUGCGACCCCAACUACAGUGGAGACCAUUGUGACAGAGAGAAUCUCUGCCAAGGAGAGGUCAUUCGAGAGGUGGUCCGUAAGCAGCAGGGGUACACGUCGUGUGCCACUGCCUCCAAAGUACCGCGCCUGGAGUGCCGCGGCGGCUGCGGCAACGGGCAGUGCUGCGUUCCUCUCCGGAGCAAAAGGCGGAAAUACUUCUUCCAGUGCAUGGAUGGCUCCACCUUCACGGAAGAACUGGAGAGACACGUGGAAUGCGGCUGCUCGAAAUGCUCAUAAGCCAUUCUCCAGUCUCUUGCCACUUUAAUCGACUCAGAAGCGCUAUCAAAACGGGACCUAUUUACUUGCAGAGUGAAGAAGAAGAAAAGAAUUAUUAAGUAUAUUGUAAAAUAAACAAAAAAUAGAACUUAUUUUUAUUAUGGAAAGUGACUAUUUUCAUCUUUUAUUAUAUAAAGUAUCACACCACUUUGGGUAUAUGUAUCAUAUAGUGAGUUAUUUUUACCAUGAAACUUUUUUAACAGUUGUAAGAAAAAAAAAAAAUUAAAAAGUUAAAAGUUAAAAAAAUAUAUAUAAAGAAAACAUAGCCUAACAGGAGAAAUGUUGGGGGGGGUGACUUUAUGUGUAUGCACAAUGAACAAAUGUAAAGGUGUUCCAAGGACCUGCCACGGAACUGAUACGGGCUGAAGAAACCUCCGAGGCUCUGGGUGGGUCUCCUGAGAGCGGAUCCCCACGGCCAUGGCCUGCUCAGGCAACCGAGAGAGCCUCCCCCCGGGUCCCUUGCUCUGCCUAACACUGCCCACGCCGUCCUGUUCCUGUACAGUGGCUCCGCUUGCUGUUCCUGAACUGGUUCCCUAGAGCACGUAGGCACUGCCGUCGCUUGAGGCUAACUGCAUUAUUUGACUAUUGUAAUACUAUAAUACAUUUUUUUGCUGUGUAUGUUGUAUUUAUCUGUGUUCACAUUAUAUUCUUCAGCAACUGUAUCUAUAGAGCACAGGCAGCUUUAUCCAAAAGAAGGGAACGAAGGGAAAGAAAGUGGGGAAAUAUAUGUUGCUUUGGGAAAUUUGGGGGCAAAAUGUGAAGUGCUAAGUGAUGCCUAAUAAAUGACAUAGUACUUUUGUGUAAACUCCUCAGCUAUGUUAUUUCCCAAGUUUGUGCCUUCUUGCUCCCAGCCUCGAGCCCUUUUUUGUAUAUGAAAUAUAAAUAAGGAAUGCACUGCUACAUAAUUUGUCACGCCUUGACACUUUAACUUGCAAAGGUUGUAAAGAGCAUGAAAAUACUGCAGGUGCCAGAACAUACCUGCAGCGUAAUGGCUUUUACUCCCGCUUCAGCCAUGGGUGUAAGCUGGGCUGUCGCUGCUGUUCAUCCUCGCUCUGGUCCUGAGCAGUUGGCUAAUUUUCCUACAGCUUUUUAAACGAGCAGAAGUUGCACUAUAUCCACGUGAAGGUGUUCAGCCAACGUUUGUCCACUUCAGCAGCGCUCUCUUCUCUGCACACGGAGGGACACCCCAGCUCCAGCCCGCCCUGCUCUCCCGCUGGCUGCAGGUUGACCUGUUCAGCUGAAGCUUCUCCAGCCGCGCGGCUUCACAUCCUGCGCUUGUGUCUCCCGAAGGACUGCCGCUAACUUCCACUGUGCUCAGAGCAAAUGCUGAAUAGGAAAUGGAAAUCAAUGCAGGGAUACAUUCUCACUGUGAAUGUGAGGCAAAAAUUGACUCUGGGAGUGAGUUAGAUUUUUGGAGGGUUUUUGGCAGGGCUGCCUUUCAGGGUCAGUGAGUACAUGCAAAGACUACCAUGGAUACCUUGAAAUUUCUCUUAUUGUAAGUUUCAAACAUCCCCAUCGACAGCUGUUUCAUUAUCAGUGUAAUUUCUUUCUUUCCCUAAUGUAGCAAGUAUUUUGGUCUUUUCGUCAAUUUCUCUUUCUCUAAGAGAGGUAAGGUCAGAGACAAUUCCCAGCAGCCGUAAGCUCCUUUUAGUGACGCUCACUGGUCUCACCAAAAAGAUUUCAGAUCAGGGCCUUCAGCAAAGGAUGAGUAGGAAAGUUGAAUCAAGUAAACGGGGCUUUUGUUUGACUGGGGCUUUGGAAAGAUGCACAGAACGCAACCCUGCCAUGACCAGUAUAAAUGUUUAUUUCCCAUUACAGAAAAGUGACCAUCUAAGCCAUCAGGCAAACCAAAAGCUCUAACACGCUUAGCAUUCUUCUGCUACGCCAAUCACUCCUUAACUGCAGCAGUUCAUUCGUAUUUCUUUGUUACCACCAGAGCAACUUGAGCAGAAGGGACAUAACCAAUAUAACAGACAUCUCACAAAACAAGUGUCAGUAUGUGGAGCCAGCAAUCAGUGACACAUACAACCGUUGCUAGUUCAUGUGCCAAGCUCUGAUUGAAACAGCGCAGCUGAAGAGCCAGGGAAAAACUAACCCCGGUUGGAAGUACUUCAGGCUGCAUUUUAUUUUCAAUGUAACAUCAGAAGCUCAUAGCAGCUGGAGUUUGUGGUGUACAACAAAAAUCACCCGAACCCACAACCUACAGAUUUUAAAAAUUUGUGCAAGUAACUGCAGACACUUGUGCAAAUAUGUGCCUGGCACACCACUACCAUUAAUAUUUCAUUCCUGCUUGAAACACUUCAAUUUCUGAAGAAGCAGCUGAUGGUGCUGGGCAGAAGAAACCCAGACCGAGCAGUGGCUUACAAGCCCUCCAUGUGCUCUGCCUUACAAUUGGUAGCCACUGAACUGCCAAGGCCUGCAGAAACACAGCCCCUCUUGAACAGCACCCAAAACUGAGUUCGCUUUGUCCCUCGAGCAGCACUGCAUGAGAGGAAGAAGGUGACAUUUACUCAUGGCCUGGCACCUGCUGGAGGGUGCUUUACAAGGAAUGACCUUGACUGGCAAGGCACAAGCCUUCAGCAUCUUGUUAACACAUCACUCUGGGAUUGAUUUAAGCAAAGUGACCAGCAACAACGCAGCAAGGCUGGCCCUGCUCCCGGCCCUUUUCUGCCACGGCACUUCAAUGUUAAGCGUUGGGAUAAAAAAACUAAGAAGAUCUAUUUUGUAACCAAAUGAUGCAAUUUUUGUAUGCUUUUAGGCAGCACUUGCCAUUGGAUAGUGACGCUUUAUGUCAAUGAUUCUCUGACUGCUAUAGAAUUAUUUUAUGUAAAGAUGACAAUAAAAAGCAUUCAGAUGUGCCAAAAAUGUGAGGUUAACUGAAGUGUAAUUAGCUCUGAAAGUUUCUCUGUAACCUGCCUAAUGUUACACUAGAUUUCAAGAACUGCGAGUACAAUGCAGUAGUUUUUACCUCUAUAAAGUUUUAAUAUAAAGUGAAGAAAGAUGCUUACCCUUAAAAACAUGGCAAUGCAGACUGGUGUGAACUGAUGUAUUUUAUUAAUAGAUUCUCAUUGUGAUGUAAGUUUAAAUAAAUUGUUGGGUUAUGGAAGAUUGUAACAUA